GGAGUCCAAGUAUCUUAUACGCAAGAAACAAUACCCAAGGAUAUGGAAAAGUACUUUUAUCAACGCUAUUCCUACUUUUCAAAAUUCGAUCAAGGUAUUCUGAUGGAUAAAGAGGGAUGGUAUUCCGUAACACCCGAGAAGAUUGCAAUUGUUACUGCAGAAAGGUGCCGGGCUGACGUAAUUAUUGAUGCAUUUUGUGGAUGUGGUGGUAAUUCGAUUCAGUUUGCAUUUACUUGUGAACGAGUGAUAGCAAUUGAUUUGGAUCCUGUCAAGUUGCAUUGUGCACGAAACAAUGCGAGAAUUUAUGGUGUGGAAGACCGAAUUGAAUUCAUUCAAGGCGACUUUUUUAAACUUGCGCCUACUCUCCAGGCUGAUGUUGUAUUUUUGUCUCCUCCAUGGGGUGGACCUGAUUAUAUUGGGGCCAGUGUUUUUGAUCUUCAUACCAUGAUUCCAGGAGAUGGAACAAAUAUCUUUGAGGUAGCUUCUCGAAUUACACCAAACAUUGCCUAUUUUCUUCCUCGAAACACAGAUCCAGAUCAAAUCGGUCGCCUGGCUGGCCCAGGUGGGACGUGCGAGAUUGAAAAAACCUACCUUCGUGGAAGUUUAAAGGCUCUUAAUGUAUAUUAUGGCGAGUUGGUCAAUCCUUAUUUAUUAGAAGAAGAACAAAAGCAAGAAAUUUAGAAUAAAAAUAAAAAAUGAGACACUAAAUAAAUGAGUUUUUCAUACUUAAUUAUCAAUAAAACAUUUUGGUACAUUUUCGUGGCUUAC